UAACGUCACCGUGGCUGUUCUAUCUACUCAUGUACAGUAGUUUGCAUUGCAUCAUUUGAGAAAUGAUGAAUGUGGGUUGAGAAUGAGUGGGUUACUCAGAUGUCUUCUUUAGAUGACCUGGUAUUGCUAGCAUCAUCGGGUGAAGAGUUGCAGGAGAUGGUAACUAGAAUGAAUGGGUCUUUUGAAAGGAAAGGAAUGAAAUAAAUGUAAGCAAGACGAAAGUAAUGGUAUUUGGAAAGGGGGGAAAUAUGACAAACUGUGAAAUUUUUUAUUGGUCAAGAAUGAGUGGAACAAGUGAAAUAGCUUGUGUACAGUCAGCGUCAAAUACUUUGUAGCAACCAAAGUAGCCAAAUACACCAUAUAUUUAGUACACCACACCAUACACCACCAUAUAUUUAGUAUGGUGUACCGAACUAUUUGGCCACUUUGACUGCUACAAAGUAUUUGACGCUGACUGUACCUGAGAACUUUGUUCACUAGAGACGGUAAGCAUGAUAAAGACAUUUGAAUGGGAGUAAAUGCUGGGAAUUAAUCGUGUCGUGUGGAUGGGGCACUUAACGCUUUUAUGAGCAGCCAGAAGGUGUCACAAAAAUCACGGUUGUCUGUGCUUAGAGGGGUGUUGGUGCCCGCACUUAUGUAUGGUAGCGAAAGUUAGGUAUAGCAGAAAAGGCAUAAGAGCCACGUGGAUGCAGUGGAAACGAAAGCGUUGAGAAGUGUGUAUGGUGUGAGAUUACAAGAUAGAACAGUGUGAUAAAGGAAAAGUGCUGACUGAACGAAGAUGUAGGUAGUGACAAGAAUUGAAAAAGGUAUGUUGAGAUACCAUCAAACCAUUCGACACGUAGAAAGAAUGAGUGAAAGAAGGCUAAUAAAGAGAGUGUAUAAUAGAAAAGUAGAAGACGGAGCCGGAAGGGGUAGACCUCGGUAGACUUUCUCUGAUCAAAUCGGGGAAAUCUUGAAGAAAGGCCAGGUCUAGACACCCUAAACAGUAGCAAGUGGAAAUCCGUGGUCUCUGUCCACCCCUCCGGGAAAUAGGCGUGAUUGUAUGUGUCUAUGUAUAUUGAAUUUUUAUUUGCUUUUUUUUGGCAAGUUUUGAUGCCUGAUGGUUGGCUAUUAUAAUAUUGGAAUAUUAAAGGGGAAAAGUUGGCUGACUACUGGGUAGAUUAUUCGUCACCUGAAGGUGCAUGGUUAAAUUCGUCGGGCAGGUGCGUUUACGUUUGUAGUAACCCUACUGAAACCGUUCCUCAUUCACCUUAAAAAAUACCCGGCAAAACACACAGAAACUGUAACUAUAGCGGAUGAAAUAGAUUUUUGCGAUUAAUAAAAAAUAUUCGAAUAUUCGAAAACUGAGCGGCCGAAUAUUCGAAUAUGAAAACAGGUCGAAUAUGCGAAAAUUCGAAUUGCAAGCCCUCACGUCACGUGUUUUCUUGAGCAUACAUUACGCCUCGCGCCAAAAAUCUGACGUCUCCUGUGCUGCCUCCUAGAAGUCCUACAGUUCAUGCACGCAUGGGACCGUGCGAAGUGCAUGGUGGGGGUAAGCAAAGCGAUCCCAGCGCAUAAGGUGGUAAAAAUUUGAACUAACUGCGGAUAGCGUAUUAAACAUUUCGUACAAUUAUAUGGCUCGAAAUGAAACUUUGAUUUACGAUUACUCCUGAAAUAUUCAUUUAAAUUGUAUGGUGUAAGGGACCAUUGUAAUCUGUAUGAAAUGCUUAAUAUAACUAACGUAUUUAUUUUGAUAAUUGUUAAUAAUGUAUCCAUGCAAAUAGCUUUGCAAAUGCCACAUUUACGUGAUCUUUUUCUAGAAGUUAAGAAUGGAUAUAGUAAGUUAUCCUUAAAAGAUAGACAUUUAACAUCGCGGACUUUUUUGUAGACCUAUGAAUGAGAAACAAUCCCACCAUACAUUGUGUUGUUAUAGCUCAAACGGAUUAGGCAGCGUUUUCGAUUAAAGCUCCUAGCCAGCGUGAUUUUUACCGAAAACAUCGUUAUAUUUCAAACAAUUUACACAAAACCUUAACAAGUUAUAUACUUAAGCCUUCCUCAAGAAUCACUCUAUUGAUAAAUGAAAGUCGUAUGAAAAUCCGUUCAGUAGUUUUUAGUUUUGGACUAGUUUUAUAAGAUGUAGUGAAUUGACGUUUUCCCCUAGACUUGCGGACACUAGGUUGCGUGACAGUCGUGCACGCUCCCACUGUGGACAUGUCGAAAUGCCAAAUUUGUUUUUACAAUGACAGUUACCAACCAUUGUGAUUGGAUACUCAUACGUCGAGUAUAUAAAUUUAUAUUAUUUUGUGAAUUCCAUAUAUCUGGUUUGUGCAGUAAAAUAAUUUGAAUAUUUAAAAUCCUGUCCGAAACUGAUCCUUCCACAUAAAACCAUGGAGGAAUUAAAAGGUUCUCUUACUCAAUACAAUGAGCAAUUAAGUAUGGUAAAUACAGCUUUAUUAGAAGCAACUGAUAGUGAGAAAGAAUCACUACUGGCUCUGCAGUCUGACUUGCAUCAAUUAAUACAGCUUACCCAGGAAAGCUUGGAUGCCAUCAUUGCCAAGGAAACCAGCAUCUCAACACUGCCUGUACAGCAGAACGAAAAACAUGAUCUGGAUGAUGAAUAUUCUCUAUUUAUGAAAGAAAUGGCAGCAAGUGGUGCUUAUGAAGAAGAUAUUUCACAAGAAAAACCUGGCAGCUCUAAGGAUGCUGUUACAUCAAAAGAAAGUGAUGAUGAAAGUGACAUUGAGGAUGAAUUAGCGACUUUACUUGGGAUGAAGUGUGCAGUGUACCACACACACAAAUGGGGCGGGCAACCCAGCCUUCACAAUGCAAUGGUUAGCUCAGUGGUGCCAAAACAAGACCAAGACCAGUUCAAUGAUCUCCAGGUGCGCGUGUUGUUCACGCAUCCCACUCAUGCUGAGAUGCUGCCGUGCCCGUUCUUUUUAGACGGUGAAUGCCGAUUCGAUGAUGAACAAUGUAGAUAUUCUCAUGGAUCCAUUGUACACUUAUCAAAUUUGAAAGAGGCAAUCGAGCCUGAUUUUAAUGGCAUAAAAGUUGGCAGCAGGGUCCUUUUAAAGUUAAAGCCACCGGAUGGUGAGGACACGAAUUUAACAAAGAAGUCGAGUGAGAAGUACCACUUAUGGCACAGAGCUGUUGUGAAAAGCGUCGACGAAGAGAAUAGGACAUGUAUGGUGAAGCUCGAGAGUGGUGUCAAAACAGGAGAAAAGAGGAAGUGUGGCGACGAGUGUUUAGUGAAUUUCGAAGAGAUCUUCCCUUUGACUGUGGAUAAUUCAGACUCAGACUCUGACGAAAGCUUGAGCGACACGGAGUACCCCGAGAGCAAGGCGCCGCGGCCGGACGACGGCACUAGAGCGCUCUUGGUGGAAAAGAGCCUAGAAAACAACGCUCCUGCUAUGGGCGAAUGGGAACGACAUACCAGAGGCAUAGGCUCGAAGCUGAUGCUGGCGAUGGGCUAUGUGCCGGGCGCGGGGCUGGGCGCGGCGGGCGAGGGCCGCGUGCGGCCCGUGGAGGCGCGCGCCGUGCCGCGCGGCCGCAGCCUCGAUCAUUGCAUGGCGCUCUCCGAGAAACUCGCUGCUCAGGAUCCUCUUAAGGUAGAGCAAAGACUAAAAAGAUUGCAAAAAAAAGAAGAGGAACGCAACAAAAGAGCCUACGAACGAGAACAGGAAAAAGAAAGAAGAAACGUAUUUAAUUUCAUCAACAAAACUCUUGGUGACCAAUCGAAACAAGGCGAAACAGCACCGCCUCCAAUCGACAUUAAGCAAUCAUCAAGCAAAGACUUAAGUAUAGAACAAUUUAAAAUAACUGAAGACACUAAGAAGAUUGAAAAGGAAAUAAGCAAGUUGAACAGUUCUCUGUGCAGACAUUCGGCGGGAUCCGAAGGCUACAAACGAAUUAACUCACAGAUUGUUGAAAAGAAUGCAGAACUGAACAUUUUGAAGAAAAAAGAGCAUCUAAUAGCUAAGGAACAAAACCAUCGAAAAGAUAAACGGAAAAUGACAGUUUUUUAACAUUGUGACAAUGUUUUUUAUUUUGUGUUGUGAAUAGUUAAUGUGAUUGCUGGAAUAUAAAUUGUGUUAUGAUUAUUAAAUAAGUACUACAAAUCGUAUGCUAGAAUAAAAUUAUUUGAUAUUUA